AUGUCGCAGGCUGUUAAGAGGGCUUGCGAUGCGUGCCACCGACGCAAGGUCAAGUGUGAUGGCAUCAAUCCGUGCCGCAACUGCGCUUCGGCCCAGUUAGCCUGCACGUACAAUGCGAUUCCGCAGAAGAAGGGCCCCAAGGGUUCGAGGGCGAAAGUCAUCAGCGAGCUGCGUGAGACGCAACGACAGACGAGCCUGUCUGCGAAGGUUCAGAGCCGGUUGAAUGGGAUCAACAGCCCCCCGUGCAGCCCGACGUUGUCGCCGACCCCUGGGCUCCUGGCUCCCGAGAUGAUCAAGGAGUGCGUCGAGUUUUUCUUCGCUAACAUGUACCCGAUCAUGCCUAUCCUCCACCGGCAGCGGCUGGAGCAGCAGAUCAUGUAUCUGGAUCAACAUCCCGAUACCUAUUGUCUGGUAACUUCGUUAUGCGCGUGGAUGAUGUUCCAGCCGGGCAUGAGCGUCCCCGGCGUCGAUCCGCUCCUCGAUCAUCUCCCCGGGGCCAACAUCGCCUCGGCCACCGUGUUGAUAGAGGAGACGAUUCGCGUUCGGAAGGGGUACGAAUACCAGGAGCCGCCAACCUUGAGUAAUCUGUGCACCAGUUACUUCCUCUUCUGCUCCUAUUACGCCCUUGACAUGCACGAUAAGGCCUGGUUUCAUCUGCGCGAGGCUACCACGUUGGCUCAUAUUAUCGGUAUGAACAAGGAGGAGGCCUAUCUACGGUACGACAACAUUGAAGCUUCGCGGCGACGCCGCCUGUACUGGCUCCUGUUUGUAACAGAAAGGGCAUACGCUCUGCACCGUGGUCGACCCUUAACUCUUCAGGCUUCUAUCAAUCUCCCAACCAUGACGGAUGACCCGACGGAUCCGCUCGCGCACCAGUUGAAUGGUUACAUCCUGUUGGUUAAGCUGUUUAGACCCUUCGAUGACAUGUUCCUCAUGCUGUGGAACAAGACCCGGAACGAAUCUUCGCCGUCUUAUCUCGAGGUGCUGCAGAAGCAGUUCUCUGACAUGAUGUCGCCCUUCAUGAGUAUUCCGGAAACCGAUCUGCGGGCAAACCAGCAGUGGCUCAAGACCAUCACGUGGCAUCUCAGCAUGCAGAAUGGAUGCGUUCCUCAAGGCGGCCAGGAUCAAAUGCAAAUCCAGUAUCCGAUCGAUAUCUCGCGAGAUCUCGUGUCGAUGACGUCCCAAUUCUCUACCCAGAGCACGGAGCUCCUCGGAACGCCACUGGUCGCCAAGUUGCUGGAUAUCUCGUCCGCUCUUAUUGACGUCUUGUCUAUCCUUCCUUCGUCCGGAGAUCCUUUCAGCAUCGGUCCUCGGCAGCAACUAAACUCGCUUUCGCAGCUCCUCUCCGUCCUCCGAAACGGGGACCAUCACUUCCUCCCACUUCUCUUGAACAAGACCCACGAAAUCCUGCCGCGGCUAGCCAACCCGCUACUGCAGCGUGCGCCAGAGAAUGCCUGCCUGCAAAAUAUCGACCUCUUCGACGGAUUCGGCAACGCCGGCAUGGCUCAACCCCCCAUCAUGACGGAAUUCAAGACGGAACCGUACACUCCAGGUAGCAUGCAGCACAUUCAAGACAUCGGGACCGACUCCAGCCACUCGGCCAGCGGCGAUGAGAUGAAAUCGCCAUUUCCGAUGGUCAGCUCGCCGCCGAUGAUGUCCCCGGGGGUCGAAUAUCCCCAGGAUAACAAUUUCAACUCGAUUCCGGACUUGAUGAGCCCUAUGGGACAAGCACCCCAGCAGGCACUAAGUCAACCAGGAUCUAUAAACCCACCGCAACCGCACCACCAACAUCAGCACCACAAUUUCUCCUCGCAUGGGAUGAACCAGAGCCACAGCAUGGGCAACCCGAUGCAGACCGAUAUCCAGACGAGCCUUAACCAGGGCAUGAACCAGCCACCCAGCAUACAAAAUAUGGGCCCGCAACAGAAUUUAACACAGAAUCCCCAAUUCAACAUGAUGGCCAACAUGUUACCACAACAUCGGCCGCCUGCGCAGAGGGCAAAUGGUUUCAUGAUGCAUCCCCAACGCCCCCAUACACACCAGCACCAACACCAACAUCAUCAGCACCAACAUCAACACCAGCAUCAGCAUCACCAGCAUCAGCCCUCCCAGAUCCCAAGAACUGUCGGCGAUUUCCACGCGCUGCAGCGAGCCAACUCGGAGACGGUGUCCAUGAAUUCCCUCGGUCUCAGCCACAUGGGAGCCGAGGUGGACUUCAGCGGGUUGAGGUAG